UUCGAUACUUGUCGUCGCAUACUUACUAACAGCAAUGCUUUCACGACAGCAAGCGAGCGCAUCGAUAUAGUGUAAGACUGAAAACAAGUAUAUUUGUAUAAUGGCUAACAACGUGUUAAGUAACGGACGAAUUCACCAUUCGACGGUCCCACAAAGUUUGAGUAUUGACAGAGGCAAGAAAGUUCCAGAUAUCCCAGCAAUUGAAAGUCGAAACUGGCUAAUCCAUAAACAUUACACACGUCACGAGUACAAAAUCUGCAAGAUACUCCUCGAGGAAGAAUUGAUAAGGUCCAACGGACACAACGAAUAUGCUUCUUACUUGAAGGGGCUCAUACUGAGGAAGGAAGGCAAAGUACAAGACUCGAUGGAUUGCUUCCAAGCUUGUUAUACGGUCAAUACGAGAAACAUCGAAAAUGUGAAGCAAAUAGCCAAGUCGUUAUUUUUAUUAGGAAGUCACAGACGAGCACUCGAGGCGUACCUGGAGGCUGAUAGAAUGUGCGGGUCGCCGGACUGGGAGAUUCUUUAUAAGUUAGGCGAGUGCUAUACUAAAUUGAAUCAGCCGUCGGAGGGAAAGCGUUGCUUGAAACGAGCGAUCGGCUUGACCGCCGAUGAAAGGCCUUACCUAAGCUUGGCCAAGAUUUACGUUGCGGAAGGUCUCGUCGCGGAAGCUGUUCAAGUCUACACGUCCGCUCUCAGCGUCUGUCCAGAGAACAUCGACGUCGCUGUUGAACUCGGUCUCUUGUAUCUCAAGCUCGGAGACACUCAAAGGGCUUUUCAACAAUUCGGACUUGCUCUCGCCCAGCAGCCAAUCUGUCCGGAAGCGCUCUUGCCCAUGGCUUCUGUGAUGCAGGGUCACCAGGAGUACGACGUCGCAAUGUCCAAGUACAGAAUAGCGGCUCAAGAGCAUCCAGAGUCGGUCGCCCUGUGGAACAACAUCGGGAUGUGUUUCUACGGGAAACGUAAAUUUGUAGCAGCGAUCACCUGCUUGAAGAGGGCACACUAUCUGAACCCGCUUUCCCCGUCGUCAGCCUUCAACUUGGGCAUCGUUCUUCUCUCUACUGGACAGCCCGCCUCAGCUGCCAUUUAUCUUUGCAACGCAGCAGCCUCAAGCACAUCCGUAAGCUUGAAACAAGCUGGACAAACUUACAUGCUAUUGGGAGUUGCCCUGAAGCAGCUGGAGGAUUAUGAGGGAGCAGAAAAGGCGAUGACUAAAGCUUACAGCCUAACGCCUCGGGAUCCCUUGGUCUUAGUCAACUUCGCGGUAAUCAUGGAAGCUGGAGGGAAGAGGCAACGUGCUUCCGACCUUCUCGUGGAACUCAGUGACGUGCUUGCAACUGUAAACGACAACCCUUCGCAGUACAGUUCCGAGAUUACUGAGACCGCCCGGAAGUUGUCUUCGAAGUUGGAGCAGACCGAGGAAGAAACUCCUGCAUCAAUAGCGGGAGCUCGAACUCUGAGCGACGACGAGGUUUAAUGUAAUUUGACGGUAUUGGUUGUUCUGAAUACAGUAUUCAAGGCUGAGGAACUCUAACGUGAAUCAAUCGCGAGAAGUUCUGUAAAAACGGUCUGCAAUACAUCAUAAUACAAUUGUUCGGCUGGUGAACUGGAAAUU